AUGUCCAUGUCGGCCAAGCUUUCCUUGAUGUCUCUUUCUCGUGUGAUUGCUUCCGUGGGCAUUGCAGCCGUCAUGGAACCGAGCGUGCAGCCAUCUUAUGAGUGGAGUGCGGCUGGAUUCUUUGAUCACUUGACUUUGGCCACCUGGGUUGUGACCUUGUCCUUCACCUCAAAGAUCACGCUCUAUUUGCUGAAGUCAUUGGACGGUAUUCAGAAGAAUGUGGGUGAGGCCUUGGCAGUGAUUGUGAUCUUCUUGGGACAGAUCGCUGCAGGCUCCUCCGUCUUCAACCUUUGCGCCUUCCUGUUGGCCUGCUUGGUGGUCAUCCUGGUGCGAAUCUAUGGCCUGGCUGGCAAGGUGAAGUCCAAGGCGGCGGACGCCGUGAAGGCGGUGACGCCCGCGACUGCGCCCAAGGUGGUGGACAUCAGCAACACCUCGCCAGCCUGAGGGCCGGGCCAUCGUUUUUGC